AGCGCAGGGGAGGGGGUGACUGUGGGAAGGGGGAGAAGGAACUACUGUAAUAGUAAGAAAGUCCUGCCCAGCUGUUUGCGAAGUUUAAGAUUUCCUGUUUCCCCUGCAGCGCCGAAGUGAAGUUUUCAGUGAGUCACUCGCAGUCCCGAGCAGCGGAGCCCGCUCCGCUGCGCGCCGGCCCCGCUCCGCUCCAGCUCCGGCCCCUCUCCGCGCCGCCGCCCGCCCGGCCCGGCCCGGCCCGGCCGCCCCCGCGCCCCUCCCGCGGCCCACCGCUGUGCCGCUGGCUCCGCGAUGACUCCCUGUCCGCCGAGGAGCUUGCAGCCGCUGCUCCUGCGCCUUUCCCUCUGGGUCCUCAUGGGAAGCUCGGUCCCCGCUCUGCUUCGGGCUGAAAUUAUGUCACCUCUAGACAGAAAUAAGGAAAAUGGAAUGCAAUUGCGAAACCUAUGCAAAUUUUGUGACACUAAAGUAACAACCUGUACAAACCAACGUCCAUGCAGGAGCAACUGCAACAUCACUUCCAUCUGUGAGGAGCACAGUGAAGUCUGCGUCGCUAUAUGGAGACAGAAUGAUGAAAAUGUGACGUUAGAAACAAUAUGCCAUGAUCCCCAGAAAACACUGUAUGGUCACAUGUUGGAUGAUUCCAGCUCAGAUCAGUGUUUGAUGAGAGAAAAGAAAGAAGAAGGGGGAUUAAUGUUCAUGUGUUCCUGUACGGGUGAAGAAUGCAAUGACAUGCUCAUUUUUCCAUCAGAUGACCCUCAUAAGCCAGAGGAGAAAGAUGAAAUUUCCAAAGUCACAAUCAUAAGUCUUGUUCCGUUACUGGUGAUUUCUGUUGCUGUGAUUGUUUUCUUUUAUGCCUACCGCACUCAUAAGAAGAGGAAGCUCAACAAGGCAUGGGAAAAGAAUGUUAAGCCCAGGAAACCCAAGGACUGCAGUGAUGGUUGUGCCAUUAUUCUAGAUGAUAACCACUCAGACAUCAGCUCUACCUGCGCCAACAACAUCAACCACAACACAGAAUUGCUGCCCAUUGAGUUGGACGUUGUUGUUGGCAAAGGAAGAUUUGCUGAAGUGUAUAAAGCCAAGUUGAAGCAAAACACAUCGGAGCAGUAUGAAACUGUGGCAGUCAAAAUUUUCCCCUACGAAGAAUAUGCCUCCUGGAAAACUGAGAAAGAUAUUUUUUCAGAUGUAAACCUCAAGCACGAGAACAUCCUUCAAUUCUUGACAGCAGAGGAGCAUAAGACAGAUCUUGGUAAACAAUAUUGGUUGAUCACUGCCUUCCACGCUAGAGGAAACUUGCAGGAGUAUCUCACACGGCACAUUAUCAGCUGGGAGGACCUCUGGAAACUGGGCGGGUCCUUGGCCCGAGGGAUUGCCCACCUGCAUAGUGAUCACACACCCUGUGGUCGCCCCAAAACACCUAUCGUGCACAGAGACCUAAAGAGUUCCAACAUCCUGGUGAAAAAUGAUUUAACGUGCUGCCUCUGUGACUUUGGGUUAUCGCUGAGGCUGGACCCUUCUCUCUCUGUGGAUGACUUGGCUAACAGCGGGCAGGUUGGCACAGCAAGAUACAUGGCCCCUGAGGUUCUGGAGUCCAGAAUGAAUCUGGAGAAUGUGGAGUCCUUCAAGCAAACAGAUGUGUACUCUAUGGCUUUGGUCCUCUGGGAAAUGACAUCUCGCUGUAACGCUGUCGGAGAAGUGAAAGAGUAUGAGCCCCCGUUUGGCUCCAAAGUGCGGGAACACCCCUGCGUGGAAAGCAUGAAGGACAAUGUCCUAAGAGACAGAGGACGACCUGAGAUUCCCAGCUCCUGGCUUAACCAUCAGGGCAUCCAGAUGGUGUGCGAAACCCUGAUCGAGUGCUGGGACCACGACCCCGAGGCCCGGCUGACGGCGCAGUGCGUGGCAGAGCGCUUCAGCGAGCUCAAGCACCUCGACAAGCUCUCGGGAAGAAGCUGUUCCGAGGAGAAGAUCCCUGAGGAUGGCUCCGUGACCACCGCCAAGUAACACGCAGUCGAGAGCUCGUAACAGAGGGAAAUCACUCCUAGACGUGUUCACCUUGGCAAAGGAAGAGGUCUCGACCAGUGCCUUGACUUGCUUCCUGGAGGACUGAGGCUAUCGCUACUCCCUUUGGGCUCCAGCUCCAGAGAGGGAGAUGUAUUUGUGGGAAUUAAAAGCCGGGGAGUAGGUGUCACACCCGAGCAUUGGCUGCCGGCACCGUGUCGCAGGAGGAGCUAUACCUAUGUUAGCACUUCCUCAGGAAAUGAGAUUUGAAAAUAGCCAAUUACAUUAUGCACUUUAUUAAUGCCUGUAUAUAACUAUGAAAUUGCUAUUUUUUUAUAUAUAUAUAUAUACAUAUAUAUAUAUAAAAUGUGUAUGUAUAUAUAUAUAUCUAUAUAUCUAUGAACAGCCAUUCUCUGGAAAACAAAUAAAAAGGAGUUUAAAAAGAACCAAAAAGUGCUUCCAGGAAAUUACCAGUGCACUCAGGAAGGAGGCUGGGGAGACUGGCAUAGCACAACAGCAGCAAUUGUGCACUAAGUGCUCUGCUGAAAGAGAUGGGAAGAAUAGGCAAUAAGAAGAUGGCUUUCAAAGUGUGUGCUGUAAGCCCUGGCUGUGGCCUUGCAGCUCACAGUUGCAGGAGCAGUCUCACAGCAGACAGGCCAGUUUGGCUUUGCAGUUGUUCCUACGCAGUCCUGUCUGCAGCACACUUUGGAAGGUUCAGAGAUGCCUUUGCCCUCGCAACCCCAACAUCCUCAUAGUGUCCCAGAACAGGACUGAAAGGAGGUUUGGUCCCUCCCACACAGACGUUUCGAUAUGGAGGUCAUUAAUGUUAUAUGUUUAUUGCUUUGAAUUCAUGCUGCUUGCAAGCAGGUUGCAAAAUAUCAGCAGAUGAGUUUUCCCUUCCUCCCACCUCCACCCCCAAACCAUACAAAACAGGACAUGGCCAGCAAUGAUCCAAGCAGAUGUUUUAGAUUUGCUGUGCAUUCUGAGUGCAGGCAGCACUAUUUCCCCGCCUUCCUUUUACCUUGAUUGUAUUGCUGUAAGAACAAGCUUACUUUUCUCUGCCCAUACAAACAGGUCUAAUUGCUUGACUUAUCAGUCUGACUCUGUUCCACACUUUCUAGAGAAAAGUGACACAGCUGGUGCCUUUAUUUUUGCAAAAGGACCUUGUAGGUGAGGGAAAGCUCUGUAGCAUUAGGUCAAUGGCAUAUUGCAGAAUCCUAAGGGUUGGAAGAGACGUCAAAAGAUCAUCUAGUCCAACCCUCUGCCAGAGCAGGACAGCUAGAGUAGGUCACACAGGAACUCAUCCAGGUGGGUUUUGAAUGUCUCUGGAGACAGAGACUCCACAACCCAUCUGGGCAGCCCUCAGCACUGUGUGCAUAUAGAGCUGCCCUCAGCAAGUCAGCAAUUAACAGAAAAAAGAAACAUUAUUUAUUGCAAAAGGAUCUUUCAACUAUUGCACACAUCCUUUCAGUUCUCCUGUGUGUUUCAGUCAGUCACCAUCACAUUGGGCCUAUAGAAAUGGCAGCAAUGUGUAUAAGAAGUGCUAACAAUUUUGUCUUCAGGAGUUCUGCAGUGAUUUAUUCCAUUUUUUUUUCUUCUCCACGGCACGUAAGCAGGCUGUGGAAAUGAGAAAUUCAGCCAGUCUUGUGCAGAUGGAUCUGGUGCUGUUUAUUAAGCACCUUUGACAGAGAAACAUCGGUAUUUCUCUAGAAGACGUUGCCAUGUCAGUCACUAAGAAUCACGCUUAUUCAAUUAGCAUUUAAGAUUUAUGAUGACAAAUGAUUUCAUUUGAAAUGGAUUUGUAUCUGUUUUGGUGGGUUUGUUGGGUUUUGGGUUUUUUUUCAUUUUAACCAAACUACUCAGAAAUAUUUAGGCAGGACAGGAUAAAACCUCGACAGCUACAGUGGAAUCCAGAGGAUACUUUUAUGGGAUGGGGACAGGAUUUGGGCUUUUUUUUUUUGGUAUUAAAAAAAGGCAAGUGUGAUGUGCUGCCAAAGGAGGAAUGUGGCAGCCCUUCUCUGUGCCUCCAUCCAUGCUGAAGAUCAGGGAAUGGUGUAUGGUAGUUCCUGACAAUACUGACAUUUUAAUGGGAUUUUUCCUUUUUUUUUACUACUAUACAUAAGGGAAAAUUUUAUUCUUUUAAGGAAUAUUUCACCUGUACAUCAUGUAUGAAAUAGGAAUGUGAACAAUGUAUACUCUUGUAUAUCAAAAGUUUCAAGCACUUAACUUGCUUUGUAAACAGGUUUGGGUUUGUUUGGUUUGUUUUGGAGGGGUUUUUUUUUGUUUUGUAUAAAUCAAAUGUUUAUUGGAACAAAUAAAAUAACACCAACUCAA